AUGGUGAUAUCAAGUGGACGGGUCGAGCUGAUUUCAAGACGGCUUCCUUCUUCAUCCCAAGCUUGUGCGGUUGAGCUGAAUCCAUGCACCAAGUCCUUCCUUGCUCCUCACGUCCCAAUUGCUCCAAAAUGCAAGCUACUCAACUGGUUAACAACUGACGAGGAACCUGUUGCUGAAGGUCGUUGGCAGACUCGCGAUCCCAAGGCAUUGGUGAAUGGCCUUCCUCUUGGACCAAAUGCGAUCAAAGUUUUUGUGGAUGUUGUUUUGGAUCCGGAUACAUUCAUUUGGCGGCCUACAGAAGAACUCUCAAUUCUUCAACACUCUCUCAAAACCUUUGUGGCAUGGCCAGUCGGUAGGGUUGUAAUGGUGGAUGAUUUUUGUAACAUCCCGGUUUGUGGAGAGGCUUAA